AAAUCAAAAUGCGAAAGGCAUUACGGUUUUAUGAUUGGAAAUAUGGAGAUGAAGAAUCGAAGGCAGAUUAUUGUCCAGAAUCUAUGAAGACUGUUCGGUAUGGUGGUCCACAAGUUCAAGAAGAUGAUGCUGAAAUGGAAAAAAAAGCUGCAGAAGAAAGAGCACGUAAAAAAGCAGAAGUACGUAAACGUCUUGAAGAAGCAAGUAGAGCCAAAAAGGCCAAAAAAGGCUUCUUAACGCCAGAAAGAAAGAAGAAACUUAGAAAAUUAUUAAUGAUGAAGGCAGCAGAAGAUCUGAAGCAGCAGCAAAUGCUGAAGGAGCAAGAACGACAGAUGGUUUUACAAGAACGGAUUCUACCAUUACCUGAUCUGGAUAAUACACCUGAUGGUUUGCGUAAUUUCCAUUUCCAUUUUCAAGAACUUGAAGAAAUUGCAAAAAAAAUGGCUGACAGACUUUUGCAAUUAGAAUGUGAACAUUAUGAUAUUAAUUAUAUCGUACGUCAAAAAGACUUCGAAAUCAACGAGUUAACAAUUUCUGUCAAUGAUCUUAGAGGCAAAUUUGUGAAACCAACACUGAAGAAAGUAUCGAAAACAGACAACAGGUUUAAUAAACUGAAGAAGAAAGAUCAAAACUUUGUUGACUUUAGAACUAAUCUGAAAAAUGUGGAAAGUAAUAAGUUUAGUUUGAAAGAGGUAAGCAUGUUUAAUUUAACACAAAAUAAGUAUCUGUAGAC